CUCAGCUGUGUCUUCGCUCAGCUGUCCCCUCCGUCCUUCCCAACGAGUCCCCAUGGCGACGACGACUGCAUGCAUCGACGGCCUGGAGAACGUGAUCGCAGAGCUGCCAGACCGGUGCCUUCGCUUGUGCGUGCUGGGCGGGACUUCCAUCCAAAGGUCGGAGACGGAGCAGCUGGCGGGCGCCAUUGCCAAGGCUUUGGCUCAGUUGGAGGAGCCCCCUGUGGUUUUUACCGAGGGAAUGCCAGGCGUUCAGCAAGCCUUUAUGCGGCAGAGUGAAGGACUGCAGAUGGUUCACUUGGUGCCCAUCGGACAGGCCUGCAGCUGGCCUGGCCGCGAGCUACUGGCGGGAAAGGACGUCAAGGAGCGCAAGGCAAUCUUCAGCCUGGUUGGCGAUAUCUAUUUGGUCCUGGAAGGAGGGCCGAAUGUCGCAGCACAAGUCAAGCCGGCCUUCCGCCGUGGUGCCCAGAUCAUCCCGGUCAUGCGCACGGGUGGCGCGAGCAGUGGGCUCUUCCAGUUCCCUCAGGCUGCACUGCAAAAGCCUUCUUUUGCGGAGCACGCGCAGUGGGCCUUGCUGAAGGACAGUGAGGCCUCCAUUCACUCCACUGCCUUGGCGGUGAAGGCGCUCGUGGCGCAGCUCAUCGAGAUGUUUCCCGAGGGAUGCGGACGUGAUCUCACACCGGAGGAGCCAGUGAGUCCCAGUGAGGAGAGUCAGAGUCCAGGAUCCUCGAGCAAGCCGCUGCUACCCAAACGAGAACCUGAGGCCGUCACGCGGAGGGAGCCUCCUCCGCUCGCCGAGCUCAACGAGCUGCGGAGAGGCUCAGGAUCUGGCGGAGAGGCUGCGAUCAGCUCCAGGCCCCCAGUGGCCGAAGCCGAGCUCCGACCACCUCGCACGCCUCCGCGGCCGCGGACGCCGACGCGCACGGUGCCGCCCUUGGCGGCCAGUGAGCGGCAGCGGGCGGAGAGCAAGCGGCGCUCCGCACGGGAUGAGUGGAACGUGCAGGAGAUCCUGCUGGACUGGGCGAUCUCCCGGCAUCCUGGACGCCAGGUGCGGCAGAGGUUUGAUCUCCCAGCACCCUUGGCAGAUGAGGCGGAAUUUCGGCAUUACUUCAACCUGAUUUUUCCAUCCUUGGAAAUCCAACUGUGGGACGAUAAUGAGGAGGACCAAGAGCCUGCAGCGCAGCAGCUUCUCAUGGCCUUCCGUUCUGCGGACCGCGACGGUGACGGCUUUGUGAGUGUUCGAGAACUACACUAUGGGAUACAAUGUGCUUACGGCUAUCAAUGCCUCACGACCAACGCCGUGCGCCAGCUGGCCUUUACCCCACUAACGGCAGAGCGAUUGCAGGAUCUAAUGGAGUCUUUGAAUGAAGGUUUCGUCUCGGCGGCCGAAGUGAAAGGCGUCCUGCUUGAGGCGCAGCUCAUCGGUGAGGGGCGGCAAGCCUUGCUUUGGGCACUGGGCUCAUGGUAUGUGAACGUCCAGCGUGCUGAGACCCCAUGGCUUCAGGUCUUGCGCGCAGCGGUGCGGCGGUGGAUUCCUUCGGAGGAGGAACAUCAUGGUUGGAUGCUGCAUGACUUGGCACGGAUGACCAUGGAGCCUGAGCUGAGUCCUGAGCUGGCAUGGUCCCAGAGAAUGUGCGGGUCACCUUGUUUGGGGAUUGGGGACUUACCCAAGACCCUACCACUGCCCAAGCGCUUGGGCGGCCGUCCGGACUCCACCUCCAGGGCUUCGCAGGCCUGCAUCCUGACAUUGGCUGUUUUGAUUCACAUCUUCUAUCUUUGUCUCUUGGUUUUUCCUGCGGUGCUCUUUGGGCUCAUGAUCUACUUGGGCUCGGAGCACGGCGACGACCGCUGCCCAAAGGACUUGGACGCUUUGCUGGUUUGGUUCGGUGCGCUUGGGGCGGCAAGCUUGGUCAUGGACUGUGCCAAUGAUGGUAAGCUGGCCAUCUCCUUCAUCACAUGGGCUUUGAAGAUCUCCUUGGCCCUCAUGCCUUUCCUGGGCAUGGCUUGGACACACAGCCUCCAACACCGCGACGCUGAAAUGUGUGGGCCCUUCGUGUUUUGGACCUCGAAGUGGAUUUGGAGUGCAUUGGCUUCCUGCGAAUUGUACGUUCUUUGUUUGCUCUCCUGGAGCUUUCAUGUCGCCCGCAAUCACGAGCGCUCCCUCCGCCGCGCGGCGGUGAGCGAAGACGAGAACCAGUGCCCAGCGGUGAGCGAUGCCUUGCUGUCGUGAUCCAAAAAGAACCGCCCCAAGCGAUGCAGCGCGAUGCGAAGCGAUGUGGCGGAGUGGCAGAGUGGCAGAGUGCUGGUCGAAGUUUUGUGAUUGAGUGAAGCAUGCAAUCCAG